AUGAGUCAUCUGAUGAGUACGUCACCUCGGCUACCGGUGCAGGCAGAAAAAGAUGGAGCAGUGUUAUCAGAACCAUCAACCAGUGAUCAACCUGUUGAUGGUACAAAGUCACCGGUUUUAUCAUCGUCGGCACGCGCACGUGGAGGACAGGGCAAACCUGUGGUCUCUUUGAACAAUUCAAAUACAAAGCCAAUGGGGUUAAGCUUAAAUGUUAACGAUGGCUUGAAGACGCCGACCGCGCUUGGUAACACAGAUGUUACCUUGAAGACUCCAACAGUGCUUGGUUCGCCCACUAAAGGGCCACUGUCUGCUGGCGCCCAUGUCGAUGAACUGACCACGCCGAAGCUUCAUUUAAAUACCUACUCGACACCAACAACACAGACACAGGCGUUCUUUGGCGAGCACGAGCCGCUUCUCACCGGUAUUAUUUUGCAGCAUUCUGGUGGCUAG